AUGCUUGCCGAAGACUGUCGUCCGUCGCUACUACUACCGUCGUCCCCAGUCGCGAGCUCAGUCGCCAAUGACCGCAGUCGCCACUCGCGCAAAGUCACACGUGACAUCGCGGCGCUGGACUUCCUGCAGACCAUUCCCAUGCGGUCCGAGAGCGCAGUCGCUGAGCUGCUGUCGAUGUCGGAAUGCGAUCUCAAGAACGACGGGAAAGCGGACGAUGAGGCGGCUGGUAAUGGACCAGUGAGUAGUGCAGGAACGGUCGGUAGCGGCGACUCCAAGUUGGAGCCGCUGGCUGGCAGGAGACUCCCGGGCAUAGCCGCGACUGUCGUGCACGUUCCGCCUCGAUUCCGGUACCAACUAACGACCAAGUUUCCAGCGGCUUCGGCUGUGGUGCGGCGAUGGGAAGCCGUGACAGCUCAGGACGGACUUCUGGACGCGAGACUCUUUUUCUCCAGAGGCUGUGGGUACCCGUUAGUUACGUCGACGAUCAUUAACUACAAUGGCAAGAAUGACACGACGGCGAGAAGGAGUCGACUGGCCUCGAUGAGUGGCUUGGCGCUAGAACGACCGGCUCCAACCCAUUAUGACUGGAGAGGCACUUCGUACUUUCGACUACUGCACGCCACCUAUUCAGCCUGCGAUGCCGAUCGAGACCGAGAAGACGCACACCCGGAGCGUGUGCCGUACUCAGCCAACUUUCUGGAUGAUCCAGAGUUUCGUCAAGGCCGCCAUCGGCAUGUCGUGCGUGGGGACAAGAGCCUUGGACCCAUUGUUUCGAGCAUCCUGCUCUUUGUUAAGCCACACGAGCUCAAGGACGAGCUCAACCAGAAGUUUCAGGAAAAACACGCACACUGGCUGCAAGACCCAUCGCUAUCGCUGAGCAAAUUGAGACAUCUGAAGCGAGAGGCGAUUAUGUGCAGUCAGCGACUGAACCUUGAAGUCGCUACGGUCGCUCUAGCCUGUGUGCUCUUUGAAAAACUGGUGCUGCAACGCUACGUUGCCAAGGUGAACCGCAAGCUUUACAUGGCAGUGUGCUUCCUGCUGGCUGUCAAGUUCAAUGAACCCUGUGCGUCAGACGAGCGCAAACGUGUCAUUCGCUUACUGUUGAAGGACAUUGAUCGUGUGCAUGCUUUGCCAUCACGGGAUGUUCUCACAGCCGAGUUUACAGUAUACGCUCAGCUUUCGUUCGACCUUCACGUCCCUAUCGCUGAGGCUCAUCCUCAUUUCGUUCGACUGCUGAAGCUCAUUGAGAGCAAUCCGCGUAAGUACCUCGAUGACGACGUUUUUACGUCAUACUCGGCGCUCUUAGCGAUGGAGGAGCAGGCAGAGAAACUCGUUAUGGUGCUGUCAGAUCCUAUGGAUGACUUUGAUGAGACGACGGAUAACGAGGCACGAUUAAGUGACGAAGAGGAGAAUGACUCUGAAAGUGAAAAAGACAAUGAGCUACGAGGAAGAAAGCGCAAGAACUCUGGUGGCGGAGGUAAGAGCACCUCCAACGAUCCAUCACUGUUUCUCUGGCAAAAUGUCUCUCUAGCACAGUGGUGGCGAAAGCGCCGCGAUGCGCAAGGGCGACACGAGUCGCCGUCUACAACGUUGGCCAACUGA